AUGCCUGAAAUCGCGGAGAUUGCGCGUGCUGUCCACUUUCUGCGCCUGCACUUUGUAGGCAAGGUCAUCAAGCAUGCAGAAGCCAUUGAUGACGGCAAUGUGUUUGGAAAGGUCGGUACAGAUGGACCCAAGAUGGCGGCUGGCCUUAUUGGCAAGAAAAUUGUAUCAGCAGGAACUCAGGGCAAAUAUUUUUGGAUGGAAUUGAGCAAGGCUCCUCAUCUUGUAAUGCACUUUGGGAUGACUGGCUGGAUCCAUAUCAAGGGCGAGAGGACAGCAUACACAAACUACUACAAGAAGAUGAAGCCUGACGAACACGACAAAUGGCCGCCCAAGUAUUGGAAGUUCAAGAUCGAGACAGAAGAUGGCGAUGAGAUGGCGUUUACCGAUCCGCGGCGCUUUGGCCGUGUCCGUGUUGUGGACUGCCCUGGAAAGGACAUUCGGAAGUACUCACCUUUGGUGGAAAACGGUCCAGAUCCGGUGGUCGACCUCGAUGUGUUCACCGAAGAUUACUUGCGGGAGAAGAUGAAGUCGCGCCGCGUGCCCAUCAAGGCUCUUUUGCUUGACCAGGCUGUUAUUAGUGGCAUUGGAAAUUGGGUCGCUGAUGAAGUAUUGUAUCACGCAAAGCUUCACCCGGAACAGUACUGCAACGACUUUAGCGAUGCUGAGAUGAAGCAGCUUUACGAAUCCAUCCGAUAUGUGUGCCAUACGGCUGUGGACAAGCUUGGUGAUUCCGAUCAGUUCCCAGACGACUGGCUCUUCAACUACCGCUGGGGCAAAGGCUCCAAGAAUGCACACAGUCACACUCCCAACGGCGACAAGUUGGCCUUUCUCACUGUCGGCGGGCGCACGAGUUGCUAUGCACCCGCCAGGCAAAAGAAAACCGGCCAGAUUGUGUCCGGUGUGAAAGAAGAACCCCUUGAGUCGGCUGAAGAGAAAGACUCCCCGAAGGAGGCACCGGGAACGAAGGGGGCCAAAUCAAAAAACAAAAGUGAGGAGCUAGAAGCCGAUGGGUCAGAGGUGAAGGCGGAAAGGGCCACCUCAAGGAAGCGGAAGAUCAAGCUAGAAGAAGAUGACGAGAUGACUUUUACGCCAAACAACGCAAAGGCACGUCCCUCAAAGAAGCCUACGCGCUCGCAAUACUUUGAAGACGCCAGAAAGCCGAAAGGGGACGCAGGGCAAACAGAAGAAGCCAAGGUUGACAUCUCAGGAAGAAGACGCUCGGGUAGGUUGCAGAGUAAAGCAGCUUGA